UUUUUAUAUAUUGCAAAAUAUUAUUUUUUUUUUACUGAACAGGUAUUAUAUUUGAAAUCGGACAAUCAAGACAUUGUGGUCCUGAAUCCAAGAUGGCUGUGCGUGGACAUUAUUGGACAUUUAUUAUCGUUAGAGCAUUUGGAGCAAGCCAGAGUGACCGGAAGUUACACGGUCGACGAUGUACAAUUGCUAUUUCCAGAUACGGAUUCGUUGGAUUUACUUCAGGUGUUAGAAGCUCUUCAGCUUUGUACUCAGUGCGAUAACGAUGGCGAUAUCGAAUACGAGUUUCCAUGUUUCAACAUGGUGGAGACUUUAGAAGGCUUAUGGGAUAAAAACGAUGCUCGGUAUACGAAUGGAGUUUACGGUGGCGUUCACAUCUGUUGUCAACCAAAUGUCAAACACAUGCUUCCUUGCGUGUUUCAACGACUUCAGGUUCAGUUAAGGAGAUCGGCACACGAACAACCCGAUCCAGAAAUCGAUUUAUAUCAAUGGCACCAUGGAAGCAAGUUUUGUAGUGGGUCCUUGGAAGCACUAAUAACUCUCCGCGAAAACGAAAUCAUAGAAAUUAAAGUUAGAGGACCUUCGAACAUGAACACGGAAAGUUUCUAUUUCAUGGAAGAUUUGAUGAGUAUUAUCGAUCAGAUAUUGAACGACAUGUGUCCGGGACUUCUUGUGGAGAAGAACAUUCUGAGCGCAGCACAAUUGAAACAUCACAUACCCCGCAUAGCUUCCUAUUCGUCCAGUGUUCUAAUGCGAGCCAUUCUAAACGAUAAAUUGGCCGCCACCGUUCAAAACGUAAGCAGCAGCGAAGAGGAACACAUACUGGAUCUACUCUGUUUCGGAACUUCGGAUUUGAUCCAGCCUCAAGGCAUUCAUAAUAACGGAAGUCUUGUAUUGGCUCCGGAUCUUCACGUUUCCCAUUUAUCUCUUCUGACCAAACAGCAGCUCUGUUCCCUUUUAGAUCCGGCCGAUCCCAUGGGAAGAGACUGGUGCAUGUUGGGAGUUCUAUUAGGGAUGACUGAUAAACUUCCGAGACUGGAUCCGGGUGACGAUCCGGCCUUUAGUUCUACCACCAGAAUUCUCGAAGAAUGGGCCAAAGAUCCCACGAGUACCAUCGGACUGUUAUUAACUAAACUAGAAGAAUUGGGCAGGAAAGACGCCGUCGACGUCAUUUUGAGAACUGUUCCCUUAAUGAAAGUAUUUCCUAUAGAAGAAGAAAUACCGACUGACGAGGGAGUGGGCGUGAGCAGCGGUUCUCACACUUCGAGUUCCAAUCUGUCGCAUUGAACUAGUUUAAAAAUCAUUCCAUGAAUUUGGACGGUUUUGAUAUCCAUUCUUACCAUAAGAACACCCCACGAAUCGUUAAACACUGUAGUCUACACCGGAUACGUAUCUUUUUCCACUCAUUGGUUUAAGUAAUCUCACUUCUAUUGUCACGAGUAUACAUUAUUCAUCGACUUAUUUCUUGAGCCGCGAUUAUGUAUUUUGUUACGUGUGUUUUUUUUAUACUAAGUAAGUUAUUUUCAUUCGUUUAUUUAACCACAUCGUCACGUUUAACAGCUUUUCUAUAACCAGUAUUGGUACUUGUUGGAGUUGGAAUGAUUUACGAAACGAAACUUUUUAGUCAUUUUUUUCACAUUGGUAUAUGCAUAUUGCGUACAGUAACCUCGUGGCGCCAUCCGCGCAUUUUAUAGGCCAAUGUUAAUAACGUGUAAGUAAUGUAAAUAGCAUAAACUAUAAAACAAAUGUAAAUAUAUGGGAAGUGGUGCAUCUUCUACGCAACACUUUGGUGCUGAAAUCCAUAUCUUUUUUUUUUAAUCGAGGAAGAAGAAAAUCAACUUUGUGGUCGAAAUUUUUUGGCUCUGUCUUUCCUAGUGCCAUUGUUUUAAAACGCGAAGUGAAAUAGUGUUUGUAUAGACAAUCGUAAUA